CGGGAAUGGAACUCUUUCAAUUGCGCGGAAAUUGCCGUAUACUUCGUGUCUCUGGAUGGACUUUCUUUCAAUACACACGAUUGAUUUGCUCCAUGGUACUAUCUGACCUGCAUUGAGCUAUAUCUAAUCCAAUCCCGAAGUCUAUCGCUGUACCCAACUAUACCUCAGCCAUCAAGCUUCAGUAGCAUUCGCAGCCUUGGGCAAUCGAACCAGGAUCAAGGGAACUGGGUAGAGACCGAGAAGAACCAUGUAUCCAAAGCACACACUGCGCCUCAGCGCAUCAUCCCGCCAACUCUUCCGCUCUGCAUCAUCACCACAGCCCAGAACUUCCCCUCUCCACCCCAUCACCACCCCUCCACAACCCUCCCCACAGCCCCGAGCCUACAGCACAACCCCCUACUACCCCCCCUCCAACCGCCUCAAAGGCCGCUCCUGCAUGAUCACAGGCGGAACCUCCGGAAUCGGCUACGCCAUCGCCGCCCGCUUCCUCCAAGAAGGCAUCGACCAGGUGAUCCUUGUCGGCCGGUCCCCCGCGCGUCUCGUCAGCGCAGCAACAACGCUCUCCUCCAGCUCCAGCACUGCGGAGCCCACAUCCCAACCCCAAAGCUCAUCCUCCCCCGAAACACCACAGCAACACACCCUCCUCCCCUUCUCCCCAACCAUCAGCCUCCUCGUCGGCGACAUCGCCGACGCAGCGAGCUGGAGUCGCGAGCUCGAGAAAGUCAUGCAAACCACCAACCCCACGCACCUCAUAAACGCAGCCGGCCUCUCCAUCUCCCGCGUCCUCCCCAAAUCCUCCCCGGAGGACAUCGCCCGCAUCCUCGACACGAACCUGCAAGGCGCGAUCCUGACCACGCGGGCGUUCCUGCGCGCCGCCAUGCGGAAUCAUGUGCGCGCGAAACGGUCCCCGUCGGCUGCUGCUUCGGCUUCGACUGUUAUCGGAAAUGGGGACGGGGAUGGUGAGAGUACUGGGGCGGACCAGCCACCCCCCUCAAAAUCCAUCAUCAACAUCGCCUCGUUGCUGGCGCGUAAAGGCGGCACGGGGGCGGUGACGUACGCUGCGUCCAAGGCCGGGAUCCUGGGGUUGACGCGCUCCGUGGCGGUGGAGGCCGGGACGGCGCUGCGCGAGGUGCGGGUGCGGUCGAAUGCCAUUGUGCCGGGGUAUGUGGAGACGCCGAUGAUUGAGGAUUUCAGCGAGGGGGAAACCACCCGCCUCAAACAGAGUAUCCCGCUGGGUCGGUUUGGGCUGCCGCACGAGGUCGCCGAUGCGGCGGUGUUUCUGGCGCUGAAUGAGUACGCCAAUAACUGUGUCUUGAAUUUGGAUGGGGGGUUGAGUGCUGUUUAA